UGUGACGCCAAGAUGGCGGCGCCGCGGUAGCUGUCUUGGAGUUGCGGCGCGUCCGGAGAGCCGCGGCGGUUUCUGCGCUCGGAGCGUGGGGCCCACGACGCCUGCCUUGUGCCCGCUGCGGCCCGGAGCCCGCGUUAGGCACUCGUUUCGGCAGGGGCGAGGGCCGAGGGGGCUGGCUUCGGAGGAGGAGUGCGCGUGACCUCACUGCAGGUGCCUUGCGCUCGCCGGAGGAGGCGGAGGAGGCGGAGGAGGCGGGCAGCCGGCCUCCCUGGUCCUGGGAGGGUGUUCCACGAGGGCUCCGGGGCAGCUGCACCUUCGAGGGGCCUUCUGAGGGAGCUGUGGCCCUGCUAGCCUUCCAGGAGCCUGCGGAGGCUUUGGCUUCGGCGUGUCGUUUUAACUCCCUCUCCAUGUGCUCCCCAUCCACUUGGAAAAUAUGAUCAGCGCCCCUGACGUGGUGGCCUACACCAAAGAGGACGGGUACGAGGAAGAGCCUUACCAUGAGCCGGCCCUGCCCGAGGAGUACUCCGUGCCGCUGUAUCCCUUUGCCAGCCAGGAAGCCCACCCCUGGUCCAAGCUGUCCGGGGCCAAGUUCUCUAGGGACUUCAUCCUGAUUUCUGAAUUCUCGGAGCAGGUGGGCCCCCAGCCCUUGCUGACCAUCCCCAAUGACGCCAGGGUCUUUGGCACUUUCGAUCUUAAUUACUUCUCGCUGCGCAUCAUGUCUGUGGACUACCAGGCUUCCUUCGUGGGCCACCCUCCUGGCUCCGCCUACCCCAAGCUCAACUUCGUGGAGGACUCCAAGGUGGUGCUGGGGGACUCCAAGGAGGGAGCCUUCGCCUACGUGCACCACCUCACCCUGUAUGACCUGGAGGCCCGCGGCUUCGUGAGGCCCUUCUGCAUGGCUUACAUCUCUGCCGACCAGCACAAGAUCAUGCAGCAGUUCCAGGAGCUGUCUGCCGAAUUUUCCAGAGCCUCCGAGUGCCUGAAGACGGGCAACAGGAAGGCCUUUGCCGCGGAGCUCGAGAAGAAGCUGAAGGACUUGGACUACACGCGCACGGUGCUGCACACGGAGACAGAGAUCCAGAAGAAGGCCAACGACAGAGGCUUUUACUCAUCUCAGGCCAUCGAGAAGGCCAACGAGCUGGCCAGCGUGGAGAAGUCCAUAAUUGAGCACCAGGACCUGCUGCGGCAGAUCCGCUCCUACCCUCACCGCAAGCUGAAGGGGACUGGGGCGAGCGCUCCGGGUGAGGCGGAGCGUGGCCAGGAUGAGGCUGAGCAGCCUGCCACCACUGCUCCUCACUCCCACGUCGAUGCCGACACCGACACCCAGCCGGCGGCCGACCCAGAACUGUAUGCCUGUAGACCCGCCUACACCCCGAAGCUCAUCAAGGCCAAGUCCACCAAGUGUUUUGACAAGAAGCUGAAGACGCUGGAGGAGCUGUGUGACACUGAGUACUUCACCCAGACCCUGGCUCAGCUCAGCCACAUCGAGCACAUGUUCCGGGGCGACCUGUGCUACCUGCUGACCAACCAGAUCGACAGAGCACUUCUCCGGCAGCAGCACGUGACCAGCUUCCUCUUUGAGGACUUGGUGGAGGUUUCUGACAAGGUGCUGGAAAAGCAGGAGAGCCUGCCCUCUCAGACCAGUCAAGACCGGCCGCCUGCCCGGGUUCCGGAAGAAUGCCGCGUGCCCCAAGUGUUGGUCAGCGCCAGCUCCUACAAGUCUAGCGUGGAGGCGGUGCCCAUCAGGAUGGAGCAGGACCUGGGAGACGAGGAGGACAAGGAGGCCGAGGCGCCGGAAUCGGGCAGCUUCGACCGGCAGGAGCACCUGGACUACCUGGACAUGGACAUGAAGGGCAGCAUUAGCAGCGGGGAGAGCAUCGAGGUGCUGGGCACCGAGAGGUCCGCCUGCCUGCUCUCCAAAUCCGACAGCCAGGCCAGCCUCACGGUGCCGCUGAGCCCCCAGGUGGUCCGCAGCAAAGCCGUCAGCCACCGGACCAUUAGCGAGGACAGCAUUGAGGUGCUGGGCACCUGCCCCUCGGAAGCCCUCAUCCCAGAUGACUUCAAGGCCAGCUACCCAAGUGCCAUUAAUGAGGAAGAAGCCUGUGCGGACGGCGAGGGAGCCAUCCACUUCCAGGCAGGCCCCAGCCCAUCGGAGCUGGCUGAGGCUGGGGAGGAGGAGGACGAGGAGGGUGUGGGGGGCGGUUUGGACCAGACCCCAUCUCACAUAGAUGCGUCCUGCUGUAUCGGAAAGGAGAGCAGUGCUCAGCUGCCGCCCCUCCCCACUGUGGCUCAGGCGCUCUCCGAUGAGGACAGGGUGGUGAGUGUCUGCCCGCAGCGACUGCAGCACACGGAGCAGGCAUGUCACAUGGACCUGGCCACGGAGAACGCCAGCCCAUCCCCCCGAGACAACAGCUCUGAAGGAUUUCCUGUGUACGAGCUGGACCCAAACCACCUGCUGGCCAGCCGGGACACCAGUAAGAACAGCCUGGACAGCUGCUCGGACACCCACAGCUACGUGGGCAGCAUCACCUCCACCAGCUCUGACAGGACCCCCACCUCUGCUCAGCCCCCUGGCCUGUCUUCCGAGAGGCAUAAAAAGAAGGCUGGUCAGAAUGCCUUAAAGUUCAUCCGCCAGUACCCCUUUGCCCACCCAGCCAUCUACUCCCUGCUCAGCGGGAGGACACUGGUGGUCCUCGGGGAGGACGAGGCCAUUGUCAGGAAGCUAGUGACGGCGCUGUCCAUCUUCGUCCCCAACUACAGCCGCCACGCCAAGCCUGUGAAGCACUGGGUCGCUCCACCUCUGCACAUCACAGAUUUUCAGAAGUGGAAGCUCAUUGGCUUGCAGAGGCUGGCCUCUCCCGCUGGUGCUGGAACCCUGCACGCCCUGAGCCGCUACAGCCGCUACACGAGCAUCCUGGACCUGGACAACAAAACCCUGCGCUGCCCACUCUACAGAGGCACCCUGGUGCCCCGCCUAGCUGACCACCGCACACAGAUCAAGCGGGGCAGCACCUACGCCCUGCACGUCCAGAGCGUGCUCACGCAGCUCUGUGCCAAGGCCUUCCUCUACACCUUCUGCCAUCACCUGCACUUGCCCGCCCACGACCAGGAGACAGAGGAGCUGGUCGCCAGCCGCCGGGCCAACUUCCUGAGGCUGAACCUGGGCCUGGUGAAUGAAGACGUCAGGGUGGUCCAGUACCUGGCCGAGCUGCUGCGGCUGCACUACCUGCAGGAGGGCCGCGGGAACAGUACCCCCAUGCUCAGGUCCGACUACGUCCCCAGUUUCCUUUACAAAAUCUGAGGAGGCACCCAGCUGACCAAGCCUCUGUGACUGGGGAGGGGAGGCGAGGACUGGCCUGAACUGAA